CUUUCUUCUUAGUAAACGGACAGGAACCUAUUGGGUGGCAGACAAGAAAUUCAAUUUUGAUCUAAGAGAUUGUCAUGAUUCUAACAAGAUGCUUGUCAUUGAUAUGGCUCUUUCUGCUUACUUCCUGUGCUGGAAGGACAUUAUACCCACUCCCUGGCAGUAAAGAAGGCAAAAGUGCUAAGCUGCCCAUUCAGACUUCGCGUCCUUAUAACAUUGCACACAGAGGUUCCAACGGAGAGAUCCCUGAAGAAACUGCUCCUGCAUACUUGAGAGCAAUUGAAGAGGGUGCAGACUUCAUAGAAACAGAUGUUUUAUCAUCCAAAGAUGGUGUGCUUAUCUGUUUCCAUGAUUUCACCCUUGACGACACAACCAAUGUUGCCAGCCACAGGGAGUUUGCUGAUCGUUUCAGGACUUAUGAGGUCCAAGGAUCCAACAAGACUGGUUUUUUCACUUUUGAUUUUACACUCAAAGAACUAAAGAAACUAAGGACAAAACAGAGAUUUACUUUUCGAGACCAGCAAUACAACGGAAAGUACCCUAUCAUUACAUUUGAAGAGUUCAUUACCAUUGCUCGGGAUGCUCCACGAGUUAUCGGUAUAUAUCCCGAGAUUAAGAAUCCUGUUUUAAUGAACCAGCAUGUCAAGUGGCCUGGUGGUAAGAGAUUUGAGGAUAAAGUGGUGGAGACACUUAAGAAGUAUGGUUAUGGAGGCUCAUAUUUGUCCAAGAAGUGGUUGAAAAAACCAUUGUUUAUACAAUCAUUUGCUCCCUCUUCACUUGUGUACAUAUCAAACUUGACAGAUUCGCCAAAAGUCUUACUAAUAGACGAUGUAACAGUGCUAACAGAAGACACUAACCAGACUUAUGCGGAGAUCACAUCAGAUGUGUAUUUCAACUACAUCAAGCAAUAUGUUGUCGGGAUAGGACCUUGGAAGGACACAGUUGUUCCAGUAAGUAACAAUUACACGCAAGCCCCCACAGAUUUGGUUAAAAGAGCUCAUGAACAUAAUCUACAGGUGCAUCCAUACACGUACAGGAAUGAAAACGAGUACUUACACUUAAACUUCAGCCAAGAUCCAUACAAGGAAUACGAGUACUGGAUCAAUGAGAUUGGUGUUGAUGGACUCUUCACCGACUUCACUGGUAGCCUCCAUAACUAUCAAGAAUGGACAUCUCCAUGGUCUUAAACUUCCAAGUCUCCAAGACAGCUCUUGAGUCAUAUUGCUUCAUUGGUCCUCCCUUCUGCAAUGGCUUGAAAUACCACAGAGGCGUCUUAAAGAUCAAAUUUGUUUGCUUACUUCAUAAGAUUAUAUAUAAAAGCCAAAAAAAAAAAGCUAUGUAAAUCUUGGAACGUACUUCUACAAUACCAAGAAGAAUAAAAUAAUUUCUCUAAACAAGUUAAAG